AUGUCGAAAUCCUACCAGAGCAGUACCUCUUUCGAUGAGUCUGGCCUUGUAGAUGAGCUACUGCUGGCCCUUGUUGGUAUACACGGAGACCUCUUCGUGGACAUUAACGACAAGCCGGGGAACGAAAAAGAUGAGGAGAACUAUCAACUACCAGGCCCAACGGAGUGCUCGGUGCAUAUCUCCCCGGAACUCACCUGGAUUGGCGAGUCGGACAGACAGGUUCUUGCGGACCUUCUUCGUCUGGGCUUCCACUUCAAGGCCGUGAGCACUUUUGUCGAGUGGGAGCACGCGCCGUGGGACCCCCGACACAGCACCCGCGCACCGUCGGUGUACCGGAGGGCGCUGGCAUCAGGGCUCACGGAGCUGCUGGAUGACUACCGGUGUGCUGUGUUGUCGCUGCAGCGCCAGCUGCGGGAGCAGGAGGCGCCGGCGCUGCCAACCAUACUGCACAGAAUGUGGGAGUACGUGGACGUGCUCCCGGCCUUACACGCACUGGCAGCGGCCCAGGACCGCGUGUCCGUGGGACCCGCCUUCAACGCAGCCGACCUGAUCAAUUCGCUGCAUGCGGGCACCCGCAGCGGCCUCCCUGCCGUACGGCAGGCGAUGGGCAGGCUGUUGUGGCACUGCAACCAGGUGCUCAUGCAGCAGCUGGCGGCCUGGAUGAUGCACGGCAUGCUCCAAGACCCCCAUCGGGAGUUCUUCAUUCAGCCUAGGGCGCUGACGGCGGCGCAGCAGCAGCAGCAGCAGCAGCAGCAAGCAGCAGCAGCGGCGGCGGCGGUGGCGGCAGGAGCGGCCCGGGAGGAUGACGGCGCGGGACUGGAUCUAGGCGGCAGCGGCGGUCGCGGCGGCGGCGGGGACACGGGUUGGGGUACGGAUGUGGGUGGGGUGGCCGGCGCCAGUGGGCUCGGCAGCAGCAGCAACAGCGGCAGGAUGGACGACGAGGCCGCGUACCGGGAAUGGCACGGGGGGUUCCAGGUUAGCACUCGCUCCCUGCCGCUGUACGUGAGCCACGACCUGGCGGAAACCAUAGUGUUCGUGGGCCGGGCGGUGAGGGUGCUGAGGAGGCCAUGUGGCAGUGGGGGGGCAGCGGCAGCGGCAGCGGCAGCGGCAGCGGCGGGGGUGGGGCUGGGAGCUGGGGAUGGCACGGGAGGCGGCGGGGUCAGCGGCGGCGAUGGAGGUGGCGGCGGCCUGGGGCAAGAGCUGAUGCCGCUGCAGGACAUGUUGCAGUUUGGGCAGGCCUUCACCGCGCUCCAGUCCGAACCCGAACUCUCCGCCCCCCGUUUGGAGAUGUUGGUGGAGGGCCUCCGCGCCCAUGUUGCCCGGCUGCUGUGGCGGCUACUGGACUACCUCCUGCUGGCCAGGGGGGACUUCUGGCAGAUCUUCCUGGCGGAGAGCAGACCGCUCAUGGCAGCGCCGCCCAGGUUGCAGUCCGUGGAUGCCGACCUGGCUGUUCCCUUCAGUCGCAGCGCCACUAAGAGCAGCGCGGAGGGGGACCCGCUGCUGGGGGCCUUCAGUCUGAGGUACCUCAGAGGGCAGGAGGCAGAGGCGGCGUUCCAGCUUCCGCCAUGCCCCCCCCCGCCUGCGACAGGCAACUGCUACAGGCAACUGCUACAGGCAACUGCUCAAUCUGGCCGCAAUGGGCACGUGCACGGCAAUCAUGCCACCUUUUCUUUCAUGUCCGUGUCCGUGUAUAUGUAUGUGAGCACCGGCAAGGCCGCCACCGCGGGUCACGUCGUUCCCCCCCUGGACCCCGCCUGGGACCCCCUGGUGCUGGAUGUACGGCUGGACUGGCCGCUGGGGUUGCUGCUGGGCCGCGAGCAGCUGCGGCGGUACAACCAGCUUUUCGCGCUGCUGCUGCGGCUGAGGAGGAUGAGUGGUCAGCUGGAUGACGCCUGGAAGGACCUCAGGAUUAUGGACCGACAGCUCCAGCGGGACAGCGGCUCCUCCGUCUCCGGAGCCCGCAUGCGGGACCUGCAGGACCUGCGGAAUAACAUGGCGCACUUGGUGGGCAACCUGCAGAUAUACAUACAGACCGACGUGAUUGAGGUCAACUUCAGUACUUUGGAAACCAAGAUCUCCACUUGUCAGGACUUUUCUGAAUUGGAAAGAGCCCACAGCAUCUUUCUGUCCACCCUCAUGGUCCAGAGCUUCCUGACCGUGAGGACGUUGUGCACCGUGCUGGCGGAGAUAUUCCAGGACGUGGCGAACUUGUCCCAGCUGGUGUCACGGGCGGGUUGUGAGCCCCAGCGCCUUGACUUUGCCGCCAUUGGCCGGGUGCGGAGCAACUUCCUGCGCCACGCCUCCGGACUGUACAACACCAUCAGCAGUCAGCGCAUGAUCGACUCCUUCCGCGCCCCCCACCUGGCCCAGCUGGUCACCCGCCUCAACUACAACGGCUGGUACAACGCGGCCACCGGCAGAGGGCAGGAGUAA